AUGGCCAUCUUCAAAGGCUUCGUCGAGAGGCUCAAGUCUUUCAGUCCACAGGAAAGAAGAGCCAUAUUCUUCUAUAUCUGCGGCAUCAUGCUGUACAAAUUCGGCCUUGAAGCGUUCAACGGGUCCAUCACCGCACUCGCCACGAACCGUUACGACUACGAAAGCGACACUAGGGGCACGCCAUCCCGCACCUUUGAACGACUCGGUCUCCUCCAGGGACUGAACCAAGCCACACAGUGUGUCGGCUCCAUCCUGAUUGCACCUCUCAUCAAACACUACCCGACGAAGAAUGUUCUCUCGGCAGCCAUCCUCCUCUUUGGCCUGAUGACGGCAAUUCUGCUCAUCCUCGAUGCUGCGACGGGGGGCACUUUUGUUCCAGAAGCGUACCGAAAGAAGCACCCCAAAGAUGAAUGGUCUUACUACGGAGAUUACAACAACGAUGCCAUCAUACCCAUCUACACUGUCACGGGCAUCGCUUACGGCAUGGUUGAACUCAUCCGCCGGGUUAUCCCGCGAGACAUCGUCGGAGGGAACGUUCAGAAACUUCGUCAAAUGGACAGCCUGGUACACAUUUUUUACGAGGUCGCCGGUACAUCAGGGGCCUUCGUCACAGCGCUGGUUCUCAUUCCCAAUCUCGGCAAUAAUCGCUCCUUCGUCAUCACCCCAAUCUGCUUCUCUCUCGCGGCGAUCCUAUGGUUCUUUGUCGUGGACGGCAGCCACGACCGCAACGCCCUCGCGCGAGCUGAAGCCCGCAAAAGCAAUUACUUUAUCAAUAUUGGCAAGGGCUUUCUCCUCUUCUUUGAGUCAAUAUGGGUCGGCGCAAAGAUCCUGUUCACGUCGACGAGAUUCGUCUGGCUGGUCCCGGCAUACGGUGUGGCCCUUUAUGGACACCGAUAUCUCGAAAAUGGCAUCGCACCCCAAGUCGCUCGACGGUACCUGGGCAACUCGGCAUGGUCACAAAUUAUGGUCGGCGGCUCUAAUUUCGGUGAACUUCUGGGUGCGCUGUUCGUCUUCCUGUUCACGAACGUGAUCAAGACGCCCAUCCCGUGGCUUCGCUUAGAUGCCCUGAUGUUGCUCAUUGUUUGGUACAUCCCCUAUUGGUAUCCGCCUUCGGGGCAGGUCGGCCAAGCCUGGAUCGUCGCCGCCACAUUUUUGCCAGUUUCGUUCGGUUGGGCCGCGGGAGAUGUGUCUCUGGCCGCUUUUAUCCAGGCUUCUCUCGCCAGGCUAGAGGACAAGGAGAACAGGGUUUCACCCCUCGGGGCGGUUAUGGCGUUCUUGUAUUCCUUCUACAUUGUCACAUAUGCGAUUGCCGGUACCUUCCUCGGGAGAUACAUCGAUGGCGUGUACAACCGAACAGGAUCAGUGCGAGAGGCGCUGGUGAAUACUGCCGGAGUGCACUUCACGGUCAUCAUGGUCACGGUGUUUGCAUCGACGUUUAUUCCCAAGGGUUCUCGGUGUUUUAACCCCGAGAUGCUGGAUGACACGAAGCUGGAUGAGGACAUUGAAGAGUGUCUCCCGUCGCCAUCUGGCAAUGAUAUCAAAAGCGAUGAUGGGCUGAAAAAGGAGGCGCCCGUAGUCGUCUUUUAA